CCGGGGUUCCCGGGCCGCUGCUUGCCUUCGCCCCCGGGCAGCGCCUUUUCCACUCCCGCCCGGGGUGCCCCUCAGGGAACGGGGGCCCGCCGGGGCGCUGUGCGUGCCGGGCUGGCGCGGCCUGGGCUGCCCGCGGCGCGCUGACAGGUGGUGGCCCUCAGCCUCCCAGCGCAGGCGAAGCCGCCGCUCCGUGCAAACGCUCCAUUGUCAUUGCCGGGGCGCCGGCGGCUGGGCAGAGCUCCGCGUAGCGCCGGCGGCGGGGCUUGGCGAGGAAACGGGCGGCUGCCGCGGCUCAGCCUCCACGCUCAGCCCCAGCGGGGGGCCCGGAGAGCCGCGUCCCCCCCGGAGAACAAAAGAGCCCGGCGCGGCGCGGCGGAGGAAGAGGACGCCGGUGCGUUGGCAAAGGUUUACUGUCUGGGGAGAAAUUGGAUUGAACAAAAGCGGUUGACACGAACAGGUGUAUUUUUCAUCUCUAUAAUGAAGAAAAGCAGAAGUGUCAUGACGGUUACAGCAGAUGACAUUGCUAAAGAUUACUUAGAAUGUGGCCUGAGCAAGUCUUAUAGUACAUCAAGUAAUAUGCUCGGCAUAGAUCUCUGGAGAGGAAGAAGGUGUUGCUCAUGUAAUUUGCAGUUACCACCAUUGUCCCACAGACAAAGUGAAAGAGCUAAGACACCCGACAGAGACAUCCUCUCUAGACCAACAACUUUGCCUUUGCUGACGCCACCGAGUAUUGCCAUCACCACUUACCAGGACAGCUUUGAUGUGGAAAAUGGCCCGUCACCAGGUCGCAGCCCGUUGGACCCCCAGGCCAGCUCUUCUUCAGGACUUGUAUUGCAUACCACUUUUCCAGGCCACAGCCAGCGCCGGGAGUCAUUUCUUUACAGAUCAGACAGUGAUUAUGACUUAUCACCAAAGACUAUGUCCAGGAACUCCUCUCUUCCAAGUGAACAACAUGGAGAUGACUUGAUUGUUACACCUUUUGCACAGGUCCUGGCAAGUUUACGAAGUGUGAGAAAUAACUUUACGUUAUUGACAAAUUUGCAAGGAACAUCAAACAAGAGGUCUCCAGCAGCAAGUCAGCCACCAGUCUCCAGAGUUAGCCUGCAAGAAGAAUCUUAUCAAAAAUUAGCAAUGGAAACUCUGGAAGAAUUAGACUGGUGUUUAGAUCAACUUGAAACUAUUCAGACCUACCGAUCAGUCAGUGAGAUGGCAUCUAACAAGUUCAAGAGAAUGCUAAACCGGGAGCUGACACACCUCUCAGAGAUGAGCCGAUCCGGGAACCAAGUGUCUGAAUACAUUUCAAACACUUUCCUGGACAAACAAAAUGAUGUGGAGAUUCCCUCUCCCACACAGAAAGACAGAGAGAAGAAGAAAAAACAGCAGCUCAUGACACAGAUCAGUGGAGUGAAAAAAUUAAUGCAUAGUUCAAGCUUAAACAAUACCAGCAUUUCGCGGUUUGGUGUGAAAACAGAAAAGGAAGACCAUCUGGCCAAGGAGUUGGAGGAUCUAAAUAAAUGGGGUCUUAACAUAUUUAACGUUGCAAGAUAUUCACACAGCAGGCCGCUCACCUGUAUUAUGUAUGCCAUAUUUCAGGAGAGAGAUCUACUAAAAACAUUCAAAAUCUCAUCUGACACCUUUGUAACUUACAUGAUGACUUUGGAAGACCACUACCAUUCUGAUGUAGCCUACCAUAACAGCCUACAUGCUGCUGAUGUUGCCCAAUCAACACACGUUCUUCUUUCUACGCCUGCAUUAGAUGCUGUCUUCACAGAUUUGGAAAUCCUUGCAGCAAUUUUUGCAGCUGCAAUUCAUGAUGUGGAUCACCCUGGUGUCUCCAAUCAAUUUCUUAUUAAUACAAAUUCUGAACUAGCUCUGAUGUACAAUGAUGAAUCUGUCUUGGAAAACCACCAUCUUGCUGUGGGUUUCAAACUGCUGCAAGAAGAACACUGUGAUAUCUUCCAGAACCUUUCGAAAAAACAGCGUCAGACUCUCAGGAAAAUGGUGAUAGACAUGGUGUUGGCAACAGAUAUGUCCAAACAUAUGAGCCUUUUGGCAGAUCUAAAGACUAUGGUGGAAACUAAGAAAGUGACAAGUUCAGGAGUUCUCCUUUUGGAUAACUAUACAGAUCGUAUACAGGUUCUCCGAAAUAUGGUACAUUGUGCAGACUUGAGUAAUCCCACAAAAUCCCUGGAAUUAUAUCGGCAGUGGACAGACAGAAUCAUGGAGGAAUUUUUCCAGCAGGGAGACAAAGAACGAGAGAGAGGAAUGGAAAUUAGUCCAAUGUGUGACAAACACACAGCCUCUGUGGAGAAAUCACAGGUUGGAUUCAUUGAUUACAUCGUCCAUCCACUUUGGGAGACCUGGGCAGACCUAGUGCAGCCUGACGCACAAGACAUCCUGGAUACUUUAGAAGACAAUAGGAACUGGUACCAGAGUAUGAUACCUCAAAGUCCCUCCCCUCCCCUUGAUGAACAGAAUAGAGACUGUCAGGGUCUAAUGGAGAAGUUCCAGUUUGAACUGACUCUUGAAGAGGAGGAUUCAGAUGGACCUGAAAAGGAGAGUGAGAGUAUCAGCUAUUUUAGCAAUACAAAGACACUCUGUGUGAUUGACCCGGGCAAAAGGGAAUCGCAAGAAGAGGCUAAUAUAGAAAUUGUGACAGAAGAUAUGUCACCUGUUGAUACAUAAUGUACUGUAUGUAGGUGAACUUUAAACACUUAAUGAGCAUGCAAGCUGUCUUGUAGGACCAGCCUGCGAUCUAGGUCUUAGGCCUGUGUCUAACAUUGGCUAAAAGAUCUUCUCAGCUACUUGAGAUUGGAGUCAAGGUUAAAGAUCGUGUAUGGAAUGAUUGCUCAGGAAAUUAACAGAUGAUUUACAUUGUAGUUUAAGCCUUGUCAUCUUAAAACAUUGCGUUGUUCCGGAGCCAGCUUGAAUUGUUACUGAACUGGUUGAAAGUGAACGACACAGAACUGAGAGAUUUUAUACUGUUAAGAUUUUGGGAUUUAUACCAGUUAGACUGCUAGAAACUACUGAAUAGUAACUCUACAUAUAAAACCUGUCCACCUAACCACCUGUCUGCGGACCUGUGUGCCUUUUUUGUAAACACUUUCACGUCUUUUCAAGAGCCUAUUAAAUACACAAAGUUUAGUAUAAAACUCUACACAAUGUGUUUCAAAAUUGGUGGAUACUUUUUUGAUUCUUCCUGUUAAAAGAAAUAGUCUUCCUUCUCUCAUGGGCAAUAUCUGUCACUUUAUUGCGGUUAAUCAUUUUUACAGGCUAAACAGAAGGGGUACCCCCGAUUUUGCAUUGCUGCACCUUUAAUAGUCUUGUUAAAUCUCCAGAUGAUCUUUUAAAGUCAUGUCAUGCCAUUGCACAUUGUUUCUGUUUGCUCGCUAUGCACACCAGUAUUUUUUCUUCAGUGGGGUUCACUUUUGUUGUGCACAGGAUAAAGGGUAGUUCUGUUUUUCUAGCACAAUGCAGUAUAUAUACAAUUAAGUGUAAUAAGGCAGUGUGUGAUGUGUGUUCUCCCUUUGCCGGUUUCUUUGCUCAGUGGAAGUUGCACGCUCAGAUCUUUGUGUUUCUCUCACCUGUAGUUCAUGUUUCCUAGGUUUAGUUCCAUCAUCCUUCUCCUGCACUGCCUUGAGCUCUAACACGUCCAUUACUGUUUAUAACAGUGUAUUUAUUACUGACUGUAUAUAAUGUAAUGUUUUGUAAGUUAUUAAUUUAUAUAAAUUAACAUUACCUGUCAAUGGUGGUGUUAAUUGUGUAGAAAACUCUGGAUAAGAGUUGCCUUUUUUUCUUGUAACCUUUUGUAUUGCAUAAAAUAGAAGAACCUGAACAUAGCGUAAGAGACAUACGGAACCCAUAAAGGGCAUUCAGGUGGCAUUAGCUCACAGGAGUUUCGUUUUCAUGAUGAGUUAAGAAGAGUUGUAUCUUACGACUGGGAGUGGGGGCAAUAGGAUGAGCUGUUUAAACUACUGAAACGCUGAAAAGGAAACCCCCUGUGAAUGCUGCCAACUAUUAAAUGUCAUGUUCCAGUAUAUGAACAACCCAAUGUGAAUUUCUAUGACAAAAUGUGAACUGAUGUAAUAAUUGUGCUGUGAAGCUUCUUCUGACAAAGCUUGUUAGGCAUCAUUAAUGGUGUCAAUCUCAGUUUGUAAAAUAUAUUUCAAGCUUUUGGUCCAACUUGUGACUAAAUAGUUGAUGAGACUAGCACAGUUGUGCAUGAUCAAUGGGUUUGUAUGUCUGUUGAACACUGCAUUGUUCCAGGUGGUUAUUUUAUUGUUUUCAAAAGUUUCACACAAUGUAUGUUAUAGUAUUAUAUAUUGUGUUCAGAUGCAUUCUUAAGAGAUUUUUAUAUGAAGUGAAUAAAUGAAAG